CAAGCGAUCGUGGGCUUUUGAUAGUGGGGCCCCAUGGCAGAGAGGAGCAUCGUCGAGAGGGGCCUGCAAGCCUGAGCGUGAGGCCAUGGGCGUCACAAGCUCGGUGGACUGCAGGCCCGGUUGGGGAUGCUGUACGGAUGCUCCGGAGCAGACCAAGCUCGAGUGCGUCGCUGAAGGUCCAGAUGCCGACAGAGUUGUGGUUUCGUGGACCAGCAUCAACAGCCACGCAUCUCAUGUGAGGUCAGAGGCCAAGGCCGAAUAUAGGAUUCGUUUCUACAAUUUCAACAUGGGCAACAGCUCCGAGUUCCGCUCCUUAGAUGAGCUUCAGGGUCCAGGUGGCCGUGGAGACUUUGCCAGCUUUACCGACGGCCUCGCCGACGGCUCCGCCUGCGACGUGUCCUUCGCCACCUUCGUGGAGACGCGGCUGAACUUCACGGAGUGGGUGCAGCAGUACCGUGCGAGGAGUGCAUCCAAGCUGGAUAGCCUGCUCGCGCAGAGUGCACGAAGGGAGUGUUUCAAGAGCAACACCAACGUCAUGCUCAGCUUUGUUGAAGGAUUGGCAGCCAGCUACAAUGGAAACUUGAAGUCCUUGCAUGCUUUUGCCAGCAAAGUUUUGGAAGAGGACCGGGAGGCCGGCCUCUUUGGCCGCCUUGUCGAGCGAAGAGUAGCAGGACUGGCUGUGCCCAAUCCAAAGAAGGCCUUCAUCGGCCGCACGUUGACGCCUAAGGCGCCUGAAGGUGUGCGGCUUUGCCUCGUAGGAGCACACUUCCCCAUAUCGCAAGUGGCAGCGGCCUUGGAGGACCCUGAGAAGGAUCACUUGGAGGGUGCCAAGAGGGCCAUGGCCAGUGUCCUCCGCUCGGUGCUCCGAAAAGCCAACCAGAGGAAUCUCACUGAUGACCGGACCAUCAUCUUCGUCCAAGGGGACAUCAACAGCCGGACCGUAUUGCGGGGCCCUGAGGUGAAGGAUGCACUGCAAGAGGUUCUGAACGAUGACUCCUUCCAGCAUGCCAUUCAGAAAGACUUGGAUUUGCCUCCUGGACGAUGGCGAGAAGUGGUUCCGCACGAGAGCGCCCACGAUCUGCCUGUAACCUACAAGUUCCGCGACAAGACGGCAUGUCAGACAGGCAACAGCCCUUCGCCCAAAGGGAAAGGGGCAUCUGGAGGUUCUGAGCAUUACCUCACAAUAGGGGACGUUAUCUCCAAAGCGCGCCUGCGAUCGGCAUCUGCCCCUGACUUGAGGAAGGCUCCGACUUCGGGCAGGCGUCCAAAAGAGACGGAGAACUUCUACAAAAGGACCUUGCAGACCCUUGGCCAGGAAUGGUUGGAUCGUUGGGGAGUUGCCUUCAAGCACAAUGAUUUCAGAUCCUUUCGGUUCCCAGCUGCUGCGGAUCGGGUGAUCUGCUGGGCAUCGGACGAGCUCUUCGAUCACCUGUCCCUGGAGCUACCGAGAGGUGGCUAUGAGGUGAACCACUCGCAGCUGGGCAGCGACCACCGGCCAGUGAGUUUGGAGGUGAUCCUAAGACUCUGGCCAGAGAAGGUGAAUUUUACACCGCCGCUGAAGCCUGCCCGGACCUUCACAGAGGGUGCCCUGUCCGAGCCAGAGGACCCCAUGUCCGAGGCAGAGGAGGAUGAUGACCUGGACUCCUGCGAGGGGUCGCCCAGGACCGUGGCCUCCUCCCUACCUGCUUUCGCACAGAUACAUUCUCUAUCUCGUCGUCAAUUGUCUGAUUUUGGAGCCUACACCUGAAGGGCGCUGGUUCCAAACGCGCAGCGAUAUGGGUCGCAAUGGUCUUCCAACGUAAAAGGGCUCUGAAAGGUCUAGGCCCG